UUAAAAGUGUUACUAAACCCACAACCGUAAAAUCAGUCUGUAUAUACAGUAAAGUAUGCUUGUUAUACUCACUGUGGAACCUAAGGACUUAAUCCCCCGCAUUGUGUAAAAAGGAUGUUGGAUCAUUUCUUCUCUGAUUAUCCCCUUCUUCCAUUAACAGAUAUUUAGAAUCACUACACAUGCUCAGUUUGGUGUGUAUUGCUAGAGAGGUUUUUUUUUUUUUUUGGGGGGGGGGGGGUGCAUGUGAUCAGCACAGGGCCAAUCAGCACUUUCCAGACAGUUGUCAGGGGUUGUGCAUUCUCUUAGACCAAAACAAAAGCUCCUCC